AUAUAUUGAAUGCAGGGUCCGGGAAGACCUGAUAUAGUGAAUGCAGGGUCCGGGGAGACCGGAUAUAGUGAAUGCAGGGUCCGGGGAGACCAGAUAUAGUGAAUGCAGGGUCCGGGGAGACCAGAUAUAGUGAAUGCAGGGUCCGGGGAGACAGAUAUAGUGAAUGCAGGGGUCCGGGGAGACCAGAUAUAGUGAAUGCAGGGUCCGGGGAGACCUGGAUAUAGUGAAUGCAGGGCCCGGGGAGACCAGAUAUAGUGAAUGCAGGGUUCAGGGAGACCGGAUAUAGUGAAUGCAGGGUUCAGGGAGACCGGAUAUAGUGAAUGCAGGGUCCGGGGAGAGCGGAUAUAGUGAAUGCAGGGUCCGGG